ACCUCCCUGGCGAUGAAGCAAUUAGGGGCUGUUGCUUCUCUUUUAAAAGCACCCAGCCCAACUCGCUCCCUUCAUUCAACGCAGAGGGAGGUCAUCUGCAGAGUCCUCGCUCAACCACCCACACUGCUAUGGAGUGGGCUUCAAAACUGAUGGUUUUCUGUGCUAUCUGCCUUUCCUUCACACUUGAUGCCUCCAGAGAAAUAAAAGAGCAAAGCAAGGGAGCUAAAGGAAAGAAGAGAGGAUCAGCAAAAGCCAAGGUCCAUCACCUGAAGGCUCAGGAAUCCUCACCUGACCCGGUGCUGAGAGUAAACCCAGAGGCUUCCACAGACUACACCCUCGUGGAGGAUUACGAGCGCAGCAUCCAUGAGAUGGUUAGCCAGCUGCGGAACAGCUCUGAGCCCCUGGAGAGCAAAUGCCAAGUCAACCUGAGGCUCUGGAUGUCCAACAAGAGGAGUCUGUCUCCGUGGGCCUACAGGAUCAACCACGACGCAGCACGAAUCCCCCCCAACAUCCCAGAGGCACACUGCCUGUGUGCUGGGUGCAUCAAUCCCUUCACCAUGCAGGAAGACCGCACCAUGGUCAGCAUCCCCAUCCACAGCAAAAUCCCAGUGCGCCGACUGCUGUGUGAGCCAAGCAACCCCAGCCGGAAGAAGAGGGGGUGCCGCAAGGAGUACAAGACCGUGAUGGAGACCAUUGCUGUGGGCUGCACUUGCAUCUUCUGAGAGCAGAGUUGCUAUUCCUGCUUCGGGUUCCCUAAGGGUUGUUUGUGCUCUUGUCUUCCUAGCCUCAUCUCCCUCUUCCGUUCUCCCAGAACGUGCUCUUUCUCCUGACAAGAUGAGGGAAGACCCAUGCGCUUCCAGGGGCCAAAGCUGCUUUCUUUGGACUCCUCCUCUCCCAUAACCCGCAGAGAGGUUGACAGCACCACUUGCACACAGCAAGAAAUUAGAAUGGUAGAAUUGUAGAGCUGGAACGGACCCCGAGGACCAUCUGGUUCAACUCUCUGCGAUGCAGGAAUAUGCAGCUGACCCGUUUGGGGAUCAAACCCACAACCUUGAGUGCUUUCUGUGUCGCACAAACGGUAAUUAACUGUAUCCAACCCAGAUCCAGAGCAAAUUGCUUCAUUUCACCCUAAUAGCUCUGAAUCUACAGUCACUGGUGCCAGUUUUUACUCUUUGCCAGGCACACCUGCUCAAUCAGAUGUUCAGCAGAAAGGGAAGCUGCUGUGUGGCUGCUGCUGCUGCUGCGGAGGAAGGAGAUCCAACGAAGGUGCAGCGGCUUCAAUCAUCUUGCCCUCCAUCUGGGGCUCAAAGCCCUUUAGCACUGGCUUGACGGCUGCUCAGUUUGCAAGCUGACUCUGUAGCCCAUCUGUUGGAGUUGCUCAGGGCUUAGGUCAGGAUGACGUCACCAUGCAGAGAGGCCCUUCCAUGUCCUCCUUCCUACUGGGUUGCACUACCAAAAUGGAGGCUUUGAUAGGACACAUCUUCUGUGUCAACUGAAGGCCCAAAGCUAGGCCAUGGCUCUUUUGACAGUGCCCUGCUGCCUUCUGUGUGGGAGCAGGAGAGUCUGUACUUGCUGUGCUUGGUGGAGAAGGAGAGGCCUUCAGUCCAAGGCUACUUGGCAGGCUCUUGUACACCUCACACAAAACUAACAAGGAGAUUCUUAUCUGAAUACCAAGCAGUUCUAAGAGUCCUGUGCUGGCAGCCCAGUUCACAGGGCCUAGGUAUCAGCAAAAUGCUUGGCCAAGGAACAAGCACUGGGCUUUGGCACGUGUGCCAAAGAUUGAAUAGACUCAGGAGGCAGCAAGAGAUCCUCAGGCAACUUAUUUGUGACACCCCCGAGACAAGGACCAUGGCCGUUUUGGGAACCCGCAACCCUUCUGCACAUAUCAGAAGCAGCAUCCCUUGGCGCAGAGCCACAGCUCGCUGACAAGAACCCAGCAUUAUUAUUUUUUGUAUGCUCAAAGGUGCCAGGUUCAACCACAGGCAGCUCCGUUAAAAUGGUUCCCAGGCAGCAGAGCUGCAGAAAGAUCCCUGUCCAAGACUUUGGGGAAAGUGUAGUCAGUGAACACAGACAAGGCUGGUUUUGAUGGGCCAGUAGUCUGCCUUCGUGCAAGGCAGCAUCACAGGCUAAGAAGUCCAGGAUUAGGAAGGGAGGCAGUGGAGACAGUUCUGGCUUGUGGAAGGCAAGACCUUUAAGCAAAACAGUGCAAGAGAGAGGGAGCCACAUGCUAAGGCAGGGGUGGUCAACCUGCAGCCCUCCAGAGGUUGGUGGACUACAACUCCCAUCCUCCCUGAACACCGGCUCUUCUGGCUGGGGCUGAUGGGAGUGUGAGUCCAGCAACACCUGAAGGCCACUCCUGAAUCUAGGAGCGGGGUUGCCUUUGUGCCAGAAUGCCACAGCACCGGGGAGAAAAAAAACAGGCAGCUUUCCUUUCAGUUCGCUUCAGUUUCCCAGCAUUUCACAGAGCAGCCGCAUGCAGGCGCUCAGCUCUGCAGAACUUGAUUAGAGAAUGAUAUCAGCUCCUAGUAUCCUUGCCCUUUCUGGGAAAUGGCAGAACUCACUGACUUGUAAUUUUGCUCAAGAGGAUGCUUUGCUCUUGACAACUCAGCAAGUUAUCCCUUGGCCGUAGAAAGGAAUAUGGGAUGAGCAGGGCUCUAAAUCAGCAGCACGGCAAGGAGUACAUUAGCCACCAUUUUGGGAGCUACAGAAUCAGCUCGAGGAAACAGCAUACAGUACCAAAUCAGGAAAGGUUCCAGGUGUUUAUACAGCAAUUUCUUCUGGUUUGGAAACAAUGGAAACCAUCUUUUUUUUUGCAAUUAGGGGGAUUAUACCCGUCUCCCCCCACCCCCCAUCAA